AGCGGUUGUCACGUUCUGCCCCUGCCUUCCUGACUGUGUCUCUCUCCUGCCCUGAUUAGUCCUUAUUGUUCUCACCUGCCCCUCGUUAACCUGCCCAUGUGUUCCUGAUUUCCCUGUGUAUUUAUACCUCCCUCCUUGUACCAGUCUUCGUCAGAUCAUUGUGUGUGUUAGUUGUCAGCGUUGUGUUUGUCCUGCCGUUCCCGCUCAGUUAUUAAAAUCAUUUUUACUUUAUCCGAGCCUGCAUCUUUGACUCCUGAGCUGCUCCACCACACUUGGUCCAUCAUCUCCACACCCACAACGUGACAGCGUUGAGCUGCAGUAGUGGCUGUGCUCAGGAACUAUUUGGUUGUUUAACUCCCCAAUCCAACCCGUUAAAGCUGAGUGUCAAGCAGGGAGGCAUUGGGUCCCAUUUUUGAAGUAUGACCACUGAGAAGGUAGCACUUAUGAUCUGAAUGCCUUGUCAUAUUUAGAAGAAUGAUGCUUCAAUCCCUGAUGUGAGCCUCUUUAAAUAAUAGUGUCACAUAUCAAAUUUUAAAAGGUGGACAAAAGCACUCGUGUCAGCUCAGAACAGGGCAAGGCAGUCCUAGUACCCGAGUGCCGCCAUCCAGCAUGUUUUAGCUGUUUCCCCAUUCCAACACACCUGAUUCAAUCAGUAGGUGAUGAGCAGGCUUCUGCAGAGCUUGAAAACCUGUGAGCAGGUGAUUCAACCAUUGAAUUAGGCUUGUUAGAGCAGGUGAACAACUAAAACAUUCUGGAUGGUUUCACUCGAGGACAAGGAUUGCUUACCCCUGGUUUAGAACAUCUUAAUUUCCUUUUUUUCUUUUCAACGUCCUGAUGGUCUUGUACAAAUUAAGCCCAAUGUGAUUACCCCUUUCAUAAAAAGUCAGUGCUGGCAGGGAGAGCAGGCUGUAAAAAGAGACUUUUCCUCCUGUGAUAAGCGUUUGCUGAUUAGAUUAUUACAAACGGAGAUUAAACAUGUAGGACUCUACCCUAAAUUUAGGGAUUCCAAUUAUAACUUCAUUUUUCUUCACAAUACUUGCAUGAUUUAUAAUUAGGGCUCUCAGGGUUCAUUUGACAUGUUCUAUGUGGGCCAUCAUAACACAGCUAGAUCAUAUGAAUGAAUAGAUUAUUAUAAUUUCUCCCUGUGAUGAUUGCUGAAUUUGAAAGUGUUUCAUCCCUGCUAAGUUGUCUUACGCUCAUGCCAGGCUGCUUAGUUGUCUUUGCCAAGCUACAGUCAGUGGGAGGAUAUGGUUACUAGAGUUACAGCAACGUGCAGGUGUCCAGAACAAGAAAACUUUGUGUAGCCCUGCAUGCACACACAGGGAGGGCCUCUCAAGUUUUAAAAGCUAUAGACUUCAAUGCAGAGGGGGAACAUUUGAUAGGUUUGAUGACAAAGGAAAAAAGAACAUCUGCAGACUCUACCCAGUCUGUUCCACAUUUAUUCUGUGCUGAUACUUUUUUUGUUUGCAUUGCAAAUAUUUCAUUCAGCUUCAUUAAGGCGCUGUUUUACACUUGUUUGAAGGCUUCUUCUGAUGGAUGCGGUCCAUAAACAGGGAUCAUAUUUCACAUCAUGGGCUUUGUAGUCUUAUUUAGGUUCCUCUAAGGGGUUGUAAGGCAUUGUUCUCGGUUGCCUCUAGUCAUAUUUUUGGCCUAUGCUUGCAUGUGGGUUUUCACUUUUGCAGCGUGUUUUUUCUUCUCCAUCCCACAGCAUUGGCAAAAGGACAAUUCCUGACUUCCUGGAAUGUUGUAACAUUCGUUAAACACACAAACAUAUGAACCCAACACACAAGCAACUCAACAUGCCAUCGGGGAUGUCAUUCAGCAUGCAUGCAGCCAUGUUUAUUUCUUUGCAUGAUAGGGGGUCUGGAGGAAGAUGAAGCAGGAUUUGUUUGACAUCUGCUUCCAUCUUGUCCUCCACUUUCUUCACUCUGCUCAGAAAAAGAGAACGAAAACAAGAAGGCAUUUCUUCGUUGGCAACAUCAAGGUUGACAUCGUGUCUUCUCUCCAGCCUUGAUCCCUUUUAUGAGGCGGUAAUCAGACUCUUCUGCUUGUUCUGGACUCUUUUUAAGUACGAUCCCACCCCCUCGACCCACCCCCUCUCUGCCUGUCACCUCCGGUUGUGCAGCUACAACAGGUGUCCUCUGUGCAGACAGAUAGACAUGAGUUGAGUAGGUGGUGCGCGAGCUGAUUUGUGCAGCGCUCAGCCUGCAAACUGUUCCUUUGGGAUUGAUCUCUGUGGAGGGAUAAUCUGGGUAAUCCUAUAACUGGCACCAGUGGACUCUGCCUGUUUUGCUUUUCAGUGUCACGCCCCAUGCACCCACUGCCUUCAUCAGCACACACCCUCUUUCUCCACAUCAGAUCCUUUUGGUCCUCUUGUGAAAAGUGGUUAAUUGAGGAUCCACCAAACCACUACUCGAGUCUGACAGCCAGUCGAUGUAACUGGCGUUCUGCCAGCUCCACAUCAACUGAAAUCAAAGGCAUGUGGCGAUCUGUGUCAUCACCUACAACUGGGAACAGCCCUGGGAGAGAAACAGGUUGUUGUCGCUAUUCAGCAGGGCCAAUGAGUGCAGGCCACACUCAUCAUUCCUCUAUGGGCAGCAUGGUGGGCCACCCCUCAGUCAUCAGCACUUCCAGGCCCUUACCGUCCCCCAUGUCCACCCUUGGCUCGCCGAUGAACGGCCUAGCGUCACCGUAUCCCGUCAUCACCUCAUCUCUGGGAUCACCCUCUGUACCUCUGCAGUCUACUCCCAACAUGAACUUUGGACCACUUAACAGUCCACAGAUGAACUCUAUGAACAGCGUGAGCAGUUCAGAGGACAUCAAGCCUCCGCCGGGCCUGCAGUCUCUAGGAAACAUCAACUACCAAUGUACGAGCCCGGGGGGGAUGUCCAAACACAUAUGUGCUAUAUGUGGCGAUCGCUCCUCAGGAAAGCACUAUGGUGUGUACAGCUGUGAAGGCUGCAAAGGCUUCUUCAAGCGAACCGUCCGUAAAGAUCUCACCUACACGUGUCGAGACAACAAAGAGUGCCUGAUAGACAAGCGCCAGAGGAACCGCUGCCAGUACUGUCGCUAUCAGAAGUGCCUGGCCAUGGGUAUGAAGAGGGAAGCUGUGCAGGAAGAGAGGCAGCGUGGGAAGGAACGUGGGGAGAAUGAGGUGGAAUCUACCAGCAGCUUCAAUGAGGACAUGCCUGUGGACAAGAUCCUGGAUGCUGAGCUAGCUGUGGAGCCCAGAACAGAGACGUACAGUGACGGCAGUCCUGGAAACUCGACCAACGACCCCGUCACCAACAUCUGCCAAGCAGCAGACAAGCAGCUCUUCACCUUAGUGGAGUGGGCCAAAAGGAUCCCCCACUUCUCUGAACUCCCUCUGGAUGAUCAAGUCAUCUUACUACGAGCAGGCUGGAACGAGCUGCUUAUUGCAUCUUUCUCCCACCGCUCAGUCACAGUUAAAGACGGCAUCCUGCUGGCGACAGGUCUUCAUGUCCACAGAAGCAGCGCCCACAGCGCUGGAGUGGGGUCCAUCUUUGAUAGAGUCCUAACAGAGUUAGUAUCUAAAAUGAAAGACAUGCAGAUGGAUAAAACAGAACUUGGCUGCUUACGAGCAAUCGUCCUAUUCAACCCAGAUGCUAAAGGUUUGUCGAACCCAUCUGAGGUUGAGGCACUAAGAGAAAAAGUUUACGCUUCGCUGGAGUCAUACACAAAACAGAAGUACCCAGACCAGCCGGGCAGGUUUGCCAAACUGCUGCUUCGCCUGCCUGCUCUGCGCUCCAUCGGCCUCAAGUGUCUAGAGCAUCUUUUCUUCUUCAAGCUAAUAGGGGACACACCCAUUGACACCUUCCUGAUGGAGAUGCUGGAGACGCCACAUCAGAUCACAUGACACCCAGACCUCCCUCCCUCCCUCCCUUGUAUAUACUCCCACUCUGUUAGCGAAACAGGGGCUGAAUUAAAUACAAAAUGGACUUGAUUAAAACUGUAAAACUUCAUAUUUUGUACUGAGAACAAAAAAGAAUAAUAAUUAAAAUAGAGAUGAUAUUUUGUGGUUGUUCGGAGAGUCCACUGUCCAAACAAAUUCUAAAAGAGUUGCUAACAGAUUUUUGUAAAUAGAUAAUUUCUGGUAUUUCUUUUUAAAGCAACCCAAAAGAAAGAGGAAUUGUAUUUCAUUCAUAAAAGAGUAAAAAUACUUCUCAGCAUUUAACAAAAACACUGUUUAAAUUCGUACAGAAUAAAGUUAUUUAAAUAAAUAAAACAACAUUA